AUGUUCACAGGAAUCGUUGAAAUUGUUGGAACUGUACUUGAGCACAAGGAACUCGACCAGUCGGCCAGCGGCGGCAAUGGCAAUUCUAUGGUCAUUGGCGAUGCCGAAAAGAUCCUCGGCGACUGCAAUCUCGGUGAUAGUAUUGCAGUCAACGGUGUCUGUUUGACCGUCACUGAAUUUGACAAGUCUACAUUCAAGGUCGGCAUUGCCCCCGAAACCCUGCGCCGCACCAAUCUCGGCCAGCUUAAGCCUGGCUCACACGUCAACCUGGAGCGUGCCGUGGCUGGCCACGUCCGUUUCGGUGGCCACUUUGUACAAGGCCAUGUUGAUACGGUUGCUACUAUUGUGGAGAAGAAAAAUGAUGAAAAUUCAAUCGACUUUACCUUUAAGCUGAGGGAUCCCCAGUACAUUCUUUACAUUGUCGAGAAGGGCUUCAUCUCGGUCGAUGGCGCUUCACUUACUGUGACUAGAGUUGAUGACAAGGAGGCCACCUUCUCAAUCAUGAUGAUUGCUUAUACCCAAGAAAAGGUUGUGACUGCGGCCAAGGAGGUUGGUGAUCUCAUCAAUGUUGAGGUGGAUCUUAUGGGCAAGCUGGUAGAGAAGCAACUCAACUACCAGAUUGAGCGCCAGUUUUCUUCAGGAAACCUGUCUUUGGAAGGUCUUGUGGGAAAGAUUGUAGACAAGAAACUUGCUGAAAAAUCUAUUUAA